UGCAAUGGGAUGGAAUAGCUCCGGGAGGGUUAGGAGACAGUAACAACCACCGACAAAUGGCUUCCCUGAUCUAAUUGCUGCAUCUACUUUUACAUGUUGCAGUAGCGGUUCGUGCGGUUGCAUAACCGUCAGGUAUGUUAUUAUGAUGAUGUGCACGUUGCGACUUUCUCCCUCCACCAAAUCCAAUCACACCCUCCCCCAUCUCAAGUACAAUUACGUGAUGGGUGACGUUUCAGCAUGCGGAGGAGGGCUCUGGGCAGGGACCACUUGGACCAAGGAGGACUAAACACUAUUUCAUUUCAGCGCAGAAACAACGCAUUCGCAGCAGUGGACCAGGGCGCCUCGCUGAAGCCAGCCCAUUGUCUCCUCCAGACAGCAGCUGAGGAAAACGGCUUUGACCAAAAGCAGCGGUGUUCCCCAUUAAGGAGUGUCCAAGUGGUAGGCAUUGCGGGUUUGUAAGCCACAGAGAAAAAAGGGGGCCCUGGACAGAUCUGGCCAAUAACGGAAAAUGAAUCACAGUCAAGUUUUAAUAAUAUGAGCCGCGUUUUGUUGCAAUUGGCGACCAACUAUUGAUGCUUCUGCGCCGAUCGUUUUCCAGACCAUCAAGCCGCGCGGACUUCUUUUGUUCGCAUCGCUCGAAUCCCCAAAAUCUAGUCUGCAUAUCAGAGCUGCCGCUGUAGAAGAGUUAGUCGAUCUAAAAAGAGAAAAACAAAAGGCAAAAAAAACUCAAAAUGAAUUUCCAGUCGAGCGUCCCAGUGUCCGGUAUCUCGCAGCAGUCUCAGCCAGCCAUGCCCACUCCAGGCACGGUCCCGGCACCCGUUCCCGUUCCAGUGCCCCAGUCCAUCCCGUCCCAGUUCGGAUCCGGAUCGUCUGCGAGCUCAGGGGCCGGACAGUUCGGUUCGGGGACUGUUUCGGGGCAGGCUGCACAGUCCGGCCCAGCGGGCUCGCAGUUUGUUUUGUCCAACUCAGCGGCCAUCAGGGCAGAGAUCCAUCGGUUCGAGUCUGUCCACCCGAACAUUUACGCAAUCUACGACCUGAUCGAGCGCAUCGAUGACCUGGCCCUGCAGAACCAGAUCAGAGAGCAUGUAAUCUCCAUUGAAGACUCCUUCGUCAACAGCCAGGAAUGGACAUUGAGUCGGUCAGUGCCAGAGCUGAAAGUGGGCAUUGUGGGAAAUCUGUCCAGCGGGAAGUCCGCCUUGGUCCAUCGGUACUUGACAGGCACAUAUGUGCAGGAGGAGUCUCCCGAAGGUGGACGUUUCAAGAAAGAAAUUGUUGUGGACGGACAGAGCUAUUUGCUUCUGAUCAGAGAUGAAGGAGGGCCUCCAGAAUUGCAGUUUGCUGCCUGGGUGGAUGCGGUGGUUUUCGUCUUUAGCCUGGAGGACGAGAUCAGCUUCCAGACAGUAAAUUACUUCUUGCGCCUAUCCAGCUACAGGAACACAAGCGAGGUCCCCAUGGUCCUCGUGGACACAAGGUAUGCAAUCAGUGCUGCCAACCCCAGAGUGAUCGACGACUCGCGGGCCAGAAAGUUGUCAAAUGACCUGAAGCGCUGCACAUACUAUGAGACCUGCUCCACCUAUGGCCUGAAUGUGGAGAGAGUCUUUCAGGACGUUGCCCAGAAGGUUGUGGCCAUGAGGAAAAAGCAGCAGCUUUCUAUUGGUCCAUGCAUCCUCCCUAACUCUCCCAGCCACUCAUCAGUCCCCGCUGCAUCCAUCCCCUCUGUUCACAUUAACCAGGCGGCCAAUGGUGGGGGUGCAUUCAGCGACUACUCCUCCUCUGUUCCCUCCACCCCCAGCAUAAGUCAGCGGGAGAUGCGCAUUGAGACCAUCGCUGCCUCCAACACACCCACGCCCAUCCGCAAGCAGUCAAAGCGCCGCUCCAACAUUUUCACAUCACGGAAAGCCAGUGAACAGGCAAAGAGCGUUGACAGUAAAACAGACAGCAUAGGCAGUGGAAGGGCCAUUCCUAUCAAACAGGGAAUCCUUCUGAAGCGAAGUGGCAAAUCCCUCAACAAGGAGUAAAAGAAAUAUGUCACACUGUGUGAUAAUGGCGUCCUCACUUACCACCCCAGUUUACAUGACUACAUGCAGAAUGUGCAUGGAAAAGAGAUCGACUUGCUGAGGACAACGGUGAAGGUUCCUGGGAAGCGACCGCCCAGAGCUGUGGCCACCGUCGCCCCCACCGCCAGUCCCAAAACCAAUGGGCUGACCAAGGACCGCAGCACCUUGCAGCUGGGCAUCGGGAACACAGGCGCCCCUCACUCCAACAGCAGUUCCUCCCUGCAGACGGGCGGCUCGGUGUUUGGCGGCAGUAAAGAUGGCAUGCACCAGCGCUCCUUCUCCGUGUCCAGCGCCGACCAGUGGAAUGAAGCCAUCAACACCAGUACAAGCAGCGGCGCCCCCAAUGGGAUGAGUGAUCCCGCAAACUCCAGUAUGGGCAGUGCAACAAGUCCUAAACUUGAGCCACCUCCUUCGCCACACGCCAACCGCAAGAAACACAGACGGAAAAAGAGCACCGGCAUCACCAAGCCAGAUGGCUUAUCUGCUGGCAAUGAAGAGCAAGAAGAUUCCUUCGAGUUCAUCAUCGUGUCGCUGACGGGUCAGACGUGGAACUUUGAAGCGUCCACGUACGAGGAGAGGGAGCUGUGGGUCCAAGCCAUAGAGAGCCAGAUCUUUGCCAGCCUGCAGUCCUGUGAGAGCAUAAAGAACAAGUCUCGGCUAGGCAGCCAAAGCGAUGCAAUGGCCAUUCAGUCCAUACGAAACGUGAGGGGGAACAGCUUCUGUGUGGACUGUGAUGCACCCAACCCAGACUGGGCCAGUCUGAAUCUGGGUGCCCUGAUGUGCAUCGAGUGCUCCGGCAUCCACAGGAAUCUGGGCACCCACCUGUCCCGCGUGCGUUCUCUGGACCUGGAUGACUGGCCGGUAGAACUCAGCAUGGUGAUGACUGCCAUCGGCAACACGAUGGCCAACAGCGUGUGGGAGGGCGCUUUGGAAGGAUACACCAAGCCAGGGAGCGACAGCACCAGGGAGGAGAAGGAGCGCUGGAUCCGAGCCAAGUAUGAGCAGAAGCUUUUCGUGGUGGGGCUGCCUCAGUCCGAUGUGCCUCUGGGCCAGCAGCUACUUCGGGCGGUGGUGGAGGAUGAUCUGAGGUUGGUGGUGGUGCUGCUGGCCCACGGCACCAAGGAGGAGGUUAACGAGACCUACGGGGAUGGAGACGGACGCACCGCUCUGCACCUCUCCUGCGCCAUGGCCAAUGUAGUCAUCACACAACUGCUCAUCUGGUACGGCGUGGAUGUGAAAAGUCGCGACGCUCGCGGUCAGACACCGCUGUCCUACGCUCGGCGAGCUGGAAGUCAGGAGUGCGCGGAUAUAUUAGUUCAACACGGCUGUCCCAACGACAGCAGCAGCCUGACCUCGGUGCCCACGCCCAACAUGAGCCGCCGCAACCCCAACAUCAACAACAACAACGCCCAGUGUGAGCUCAACCGCAGCAUCAGCAUCAUGUAGGAGCCGGAAAGCAGCUGCAGACAGAAAACACAAAACCCCCAAACCCGACCUGUGUCUCUUCCCAGUACUUCCUCCUCUGUUUCACACUGUGUAAACCAGAAUCAGUACCAAUGGAGACAUAUUAGGAGGGAUGGACUUAUUCCACUACGCUGAAACAAGGUGGCCGUGUGGGGUUCGGACAUUGUACAUUGUUUAUUUUAUAUUAUUAUUUGUAUUCAGUUUGUUUGUUAACUUUAUUCAAUCUUGGUCUGAGAUGAUCAUGAUCAGCUUUAAGCUUUUAGUUUUCAAGCGUCAACCAAACAAAUGACUUACUUUGGCAUUCAUACUUACCCUACGAAAAGUAUUUCCUUAAUGCUUGAACAUUUCCUUUGAUGUUUCCCCCCUCUGCGAUGUGAACUGAUUAUAUAAUGAGUGCGAGUGAGAUACUUUCCUCCGAUUUCCAAGCCCAAGCAUAGUGACAUAAAAAGUGUAGAGAGUAGUUUUGCGAGUGACGGAACGCUGAUGUGGGAAAGGAACUAAAUCUCUCAUGAUAUCAAUGGCUGUUAGAGCUUUCGUAAUGAUGCAUGUCUUCAACACAGCUAACUCUUGACAUACUAUUCAUAUACAAACGCAAAGCAAUUAUAGUUAAAGAGUCCAAAUGAUUUAGAUACUUAAUUCACAGGGAAAUGGAUUCGGAUCAUCAUAAAGGAGUUGAUUGCAGAAUUUCCAUUGGGUGAAAGUGAGUCAUUUCCCUCGCCACCCUUCUCAUGAUCCUCCAGUAAAAAUGUCUGUGACUAUAAAGGAAUUAAGGGGCAUAAUGUUUUAUGGCCAUUGAGCCACGUGGCUUUGUAAGUGUUCCUCUUCAAUCAGAAUUCAUUCAAAUUCAAAGGUUUGAUUGAAACAGUGAAAUUGUACCAUUAUGAUGUCUUUGUUGGAGUAAUUUUCCGAUUGACUAGAUUGUGUUGAUAAUUGUUUGACACAGAUUCUCACAAAACUCUCUUCAGACCGCAAGCGUACUUGAAUAUCCAUUCACCUCCUGUGGCCAAAAACUGUAAAAAUUGGUACCCUUAAAGAACAUUUCCUCUAUUGUUGCUGUGAAAUACAUAUAAGGUACUGUGUGUGUGUGUGUGUGUGUGUGUGUGUGUGUGUGUGUGUGUGUGUGUGUGUGUGUGUGUGUGUGUGUGUGUGUGUGUGUGUGUGUGUGUGUGUGUGUGUGUGUGUGUGUGUGUGUGUGUGUGUGUGUGUGUGUGUGUGUGUGUGUGUGUGUGAACGAUUACAUUUGUGCUUACGUCUUCGUCAGUAACUGUGCAGCAGAGAGCGACUGGGCAUUUCUGUUCUUUGGAGAAAGGACACUGGAGAGAAGACAGACGCCUACAGUGAAGAUUUGGGAACAUAACUGUGUUUUAAUGUACAGACCUCUGUAAAAAAGUAGUUCUUGUUCCUUCGCCUUAUUCCUUAUAAGAACAGUAUGAACUUAUUCAGACUUUUAGAGUCAAUAAAAGCAGUCCUUUCCUUUACCUUAAACCUUCGUCCUCCCCCCUGUCCCGUCAGCCUAAAAGCAGGCAGUUGACAAAUACAUUCUUGUGACUGAAGUGAGAGUGACAUUUAGGGAUUCAAAUGAGCAAAGAGGUUCAUAGAGGGAAGUACGAUUAGUUUGCAUUAAUGCAAAUGUAUAGUAUUCCACAGACAUGAUAAUUCAUUUAUAGUAAAUAGGACUUAGACAGAAAAGGACUUAAGUUGGCACAAAUGUCUACAGUUGUGUUUUCUCUGUUCAACUGCCAUUUGCAAGGUUUUCAAAUGUUUUGAUUUUAUGGGUUUACUACGGCAGAAUGGAUGUUUACAGAGCAAGUUUUUAACUUGGUACCUUAUCUACAUGAUUAAGUUGUUGCUUUACAGUAUUUUUUUUGUGUCAGGGCUUACUAACAAUAAAUAAAUGUGGUCAAAAGAGGACAUUUGCAAAUCCAGAAGAAAGUGACAUUUUAAAGGAAUGGUUUGACAUUUUAUGAAUAUUUGUUUUCCUGCUCUAAGUCUGAGGAGAAGACUCCUACAUGUGUGCAGAGAUGUAGCCAGGAUGUCAUUAGGCUAGUCUAGCAAACCGUUAUGCUGCUCUAACAGAUAGUUGCGCCAUGUAACUCUUUCUAAAAACACAAACUGCCAUUUAUACGCCGCCUUUUUUUCCAGAUUUAACAACCUCAAUGUUCGUUUUUUAGCUUUAACGGUGCAGGUGGAAGAUCUUCUUUGCUUCCGGUGUUUAUCCUCCCUCGGUUAAACUGCCUCCUGCCUUUUUCUCAGUGGUUUGCACUCAGACAUCAGAGCGGUAUCUUCUCAUCCAACUCUCAAUAAGAAGGUGAAUUAACACUUUUCCCCAAAAUGUCAAAUUGCUCCACAAACUCCGCCUGACUUCUUUGAAUUCACUCGUACUGUACUGUGAUACUGGCCUUAUUUCUGAUCAUUACUUGACCAACUUAUUUCAGUGAGUACAUUUCACUGUCCAAAUGGGAUUACUGAAAGGAGUUAAAAGUGUACAGUGAUGACCUGAACUCUUAUUUACAACCCUUAGAUGAUGAUGAAAAAACGAAAGAAAGAAGAAGAAGAACACUAGAAACCUGCCUGUUUUUCCCCCAAACACAACAUGAAGUGUACAUAGUAGCUUAAUGCUUUUACCUGAAGACAAGCUCCUCGUAGAGAAACAAACUGAACUGGUUUUAGGUCCUCAUGACCCACAAACCAUAUUUUGAUAUGUUGUUUUCAUUUCUCCUUAGGCAUAUUUUUAAGGUACUGUUUGGUCUCGACAUACCCGACCAUCUUUGGUACUUGUGUAUAAUGAUGUACAUUUGACAUAUUUAUAAUGCAGUAUGUAAAUAUUUUUUUUUUGGUUUUGUUUUUGUUCAUUUUUCCUAUUGUAAUUCCUUUACGUUCAGAACGUGAAACAAAGCAAAAGCUAAAGAGUAACUUGUUGUAUGCUUGGAUGCUUGGCUGACUGUUGACCUAUUAAUAAACACUCAAAUAAAAUGACGUAGCCUUCCCUGGAUUUAGGGGAAUCAA